AUCGUAUUGUCGUUGCUUCAGUCGUUGCUCCGAUCAUGUUUCGGUUGACGCUGGUAACGUGUUGCCUGUUCGUCGCGUGGGCCGCGGCGGUGAACGUGAACUGGUACAAGAACAUCAUCGUGUACCAAAUCUAUCCGAGGAGCUUCAAAGAUAGCAACGGGGACGGUAUCGGCGAUCUGAAAGGUAUCACGAGCAAGUUAGAGCACAUCGCGGACAUAGGCGCGAAGGCCCUCUGGCUCUCGCCGAUUUACACGAGCCCGCAAGUCGACUUCGGCUACGACAUCGCCAACUUCACGGACGUCGACCCAAGUUAUGGAACUCUGGCCGAUUUCGAUCAGCUGGUAGCCAAGGCCAGGAAGCUCAAGCUCAAGGUGAUUCUGGACUUCGUGCCGAAUCACAGCUCUCACGAGCAUCCAUGGUUCAAGAAGAGCAUUCAAAGGAUCAAACCGUACGACCAGUACUACGUCUGGCGGGACGCGAAGAUCGUCAACGGGAAGAGACAACCGCCAAACAACUGGCUGAGCAACUUUGGGGGCUCGGCCUGGGAAUGGAACGACGUGCGCAAGCAGUAUUAUCUGCAUCAAUUCGCUGCGGGUCAACCGGACUUGAAUUAUCGCAGCAAGGCUUUGGAUCAGGAGAUGAAGAACGUCUUCACGUUCUGGAUGAACCGCGGCGUCGACGGUUUCCGCGUCGAUGCGAUCAAUUUCAUGUUCGAGGACGCCAAGUUCCGGGACGAGCCGGACUCCAACAGAACCGACGUCCCCAAGGACGAUUACGAUAGCUUGAACCACAUUUACACCGUGGAUCAGAACGACACAUACGACGUGGUGAGCAGCUGGCGUAAGCUGAUGGACGAGCACUCGAAUCGCACCAAAUCCGAUCCGAGGAUGAUUCUCACGGAAGCGUACACCAAUCACGAGAAUACCAUUAGAUACUAUCACGCUGGCUCCAACGUUCCCUUCAACUUCAUGUUCAUCAACAAGCUGACCAACGAGUCCACAGCGGAGGACUUUAAAGAACUGAUCGAAAAGUGGGUGAAGACAGUGCCGAAGGGCAGCGUUCCGAAUUGGGUGGUGGGUAAUCACGACAACCAUCGCGUGGGCUCGAGAUUCGGUGUCCAACGUGCCCAGCAGAUUAUCCAGCUGUCGAUGGUUCUGCCUGGCAUCUCGGUGGUGUACAACGGCGACGAGAUCGGUAUGGUGGACAGAAACUUCACGUACGCCGAGACGGUGGACCCGGCCGGUUGCAACGCCGGCCCCACUCGAUACUUCCUCAAGUCCAGAGAUCCCGAGAGAACGCCGUACCAAUGGAACAACAGCACCAGCGCUGGUUUCUCCACCAGUCCGAAAACGUGGCUACCCGUGCACCCGAACUACCAGACUCUGAACCUGGAGGCUGAGAAGAAGAUGUACUACUCGCCCUACUGGCAAUUCAAGACCGCGGCCAGCAUAAAGAGGCAACCGGUGAUCGUGCGAGGCUCCUUCAAGGUCAACGUGUACGACAAACUUUUGACCAUCACUCGCACACUAGGGAACGACGUCGUGGUGUCGUUGUUCAAUUUCGCCGAUGAAUCUGUCACUGUGGACGCUGGGGCAUUGCCUUCUAACCUGGUCGUUCACACUGUCACCGGUGAUUCCGAGUUUCGUCGAGGCACCUUCGUCUCCACGGAUUCGUUGACUAUUCCGAAAUCAUCCAGUGUCAUGUUCACAAGUCCCAAUUUACUUUGGUCGAUGGAUGAGGAGGAUGUUUGAACCGCGUCCCUUUGAACCAGUCUCUUGAGCGUUGUUUAAGUGUGGGAAUUGAAGCAAUAAAAUAUCCCGGUUAAUGACCGGGGAUUUUAUGAUUUUAACGUGAAAACAUUAUUAUUGAUUAUUUACGAAUUAUUACGAAUUAUUACGAAAUAUAUAUUAUUUACGAUUACGAAGUAUCAUUAAAUAGUAUAUAAUUAUUAAUGAGACAAUUAAGGUCGUUGUAAUCGAAGAUCACAGAUUGAUUUGAACAUCGUGAUUCAUGAGAUGAUUGCGUUUCAGUUUAUUUGUAAAUUGAAAAUAUUUAUGCUUCUGAUAGAGACGCUUUUAACACAAACUAAUAACAUAAUCAUUUUUCUUUAUACACGAUUCGAUUAUAAUCACAUAACGUAGAUUGUAUAAAUUCUGUGUUUGUGAAAGUUAACUGUCGAAGGGUUAUUUAUAAAAUAUGUUGUGUUAUAAUUUUAAUCACGUAUGAAGUUAUUUUAUACUAUAAAAAGAUUACACAUUUUUCGUCCAGAAUUAGCAAUUUUGUUAAACAAUAUUGGUAUUAUGGCGAUAUGAAGAAUCUUUUGAACUUAUAAGAAGGACAAUAUUUCGUAAUAAAAAUAUCAAGUCAUAUCGUGCAAUCUUCAAUGUACAAAUGUAUACGUUGUUAAUAUUAAUAAAAUAUGAAAUAAACAUUAGUGGAAGAUUUAAAA